AUGGAGAGGGAGAUGGCUGCUGACAUGGAUGUGGAGGGAAGGAGGAACCUUGCUGGCCCAGCCAUGGAAUGUUUAGCUUACGAAGCUGUACAGCUUGGGAAGAUUGAUUUCCUGAGGAAUGGGGUUAACAUCUUUGAAAUUCUCCACCAAGAAACAAUCCAGCGGAAAGACAAUCUUCUUCACAUUGCCGCAAAUUUCGGGCAGGUGGACUUUGCCAGAGAGGCCAUACGCUUGAAUCCAGGGCUUUUAAGUCAAGAAAACAUGAAAGGUGACACUCCAUUGCAUACUGCAUCGAGGACAGGCUGUUUAGGCAUGGUUGAACAAUUUAUUAGCAGCUCCAAAGCACUAUGUUAUGACAUUGAAAGGAUUAGGGAAAAUGCGCCACAGGAUUUGCUGAUGGUGAAUCAGGAGGGUGAUACAGCACUUCAUGUAGCAGUGAGAUACGGUCAUCUUGAUGUGGUGGAAUUAUUGGUAAACGCGGAUAUUGAAUUAAUGCUGCAUAUGUAUAAUAAGGCUAAUGAGUCCCCGCUUUAUUUGGCUGUAGAAAGAGGAUUUUUCGCCAUUGCAAAACAUAUCUUAAAUAAGUGUCCAACAUGUUCUCAUAGGGGCACCAAAGGCAUGACAGCUUUGCAUGCGGCUGUGGUUCGAACCCAUCAAGGCCAUGAACGUGGAAAUGAUGUUCCUCAUUUGAUAUCUUUAGAAAGUCUGCGACGGUUUGUUUAUAAUAUUGUUUUCAAGGUUCUAGAGUACCUUGGUGGAUCUGUCUCAAAUCAAACUGAUGACAUUAUGGCAAUACUACUGGUCGAAAAGGAAGGUAUGGUCAAAGAAACAGACAUAUUUGGGUGGACUCCCCUUCAUUAUGCUGCACAAUUGGGAUAUCUUGAAGCGACUAGGAAAUUGCUGGAAUGUGAUAAAUCAGUUGCUUACUUGUUGGAUAAAGAAGAUAGUUCUGCUCUUCACAUAGCAGCUAAAAAAGGCUACAUUAAUAUAAUGGAAGAGAUCACCAAACAAUGUCCAUGUGUUUAUAAUUUGGUUGACAAAAAUGGCUGGACCAUUCUUCAUGUUGCAGCCCAAUGUGGGGAGUCUAAAGUGGUGAAGUAUAUUCUAGAAGUUCGAGGCUGGGAAAGCCUAAUAAAUGAGAUAGAUAAUGAAGGCAACACGGCUUUGCAUCUAGCAGCUAUCUACGGUCAUUACAACAGCGUCUCGAUUUUGGCUAGAGAUGGAGUGGAUAAGAGGGCAACCAACAAGAAAUAUUUGAAGGCUAUCGACAUUGUCCAAACAAAUAUGGAUCUGGGAGAAAUUAAAAAAGGUAUGUGCAUAGAAAGGAAGUUGGAGGAUAGCGGUGCUCAACAAAGUCUCGAGCGACUGAUCGUUGGAGUAAACACAGACGAAAAAAUCAAUGACAAUGAAGGGCUGAAAGAAGGCAUAAAUGGGUUAGAGCUUAGAGAAGACAGAGAGAGAAUAUCACUCGAUGCAAGUGAAUCGUUUCGUGACAGGAAUAAUGUAAAGAAGAAAGAUAUCACAUCUAAGUAUUUGUUGAAGGAUGUAUCAAACACCCAUCUACUGGUGGCAACCCUCAUAGCAACAGUAACUUUUGCAGCCUGUUUCUCUCUACCUGGUGGAUACAAUCAAGAUGAACCUAACAAGGGUAAGUCAGUUUUCUCAACAAAGGUCGCUUUCAAAGCCUUUGUGAUAACAGAUGGUAUAGCUUUCCAUUGCUCAACUGCAGCUGUGUUUCUCCACUUUUUUGCUUCACUGGAACAAAGCUACCAUUUGCAUCGUCGACGUUUCAUAAAAUUUGCCGCGCUACUCACUUACAUCUCUCUCCUGAGAAUGGCGAUAGCAUUUACUUCAGGCAUUUUUGUGGUGCUACCUGAUUCCUCCCUGACUUUAACAACUUCAAUUGUCCUUGGGUGUUUAUUCUUGAGUUUUUACACCUUUGGGAUUCUGUAGAACCAUAGAGUAGGA